UCACGGCACGGUCGAAGUAAACAAACAACGUCGCGAAGGCCAAUUUUGAUGUGGUGGUGGUGCGUGUGACGAUCCCCUAAUUUGGUUAAAAUGAACGCUAAUCGGCCGGCUUCCGUUCGGUCCACGCUAUUGUGCGCGUAGUGCGACCGCUCAACUGUGCAUUGUGAAUGGAGAAAUGAUUAGUUCCUAUUAAAACCCCGUGGGCAGCUACUUGCAUGGAGUAUCGUUCAUCUCACCCCCCACUCCACACCAUCAUCCGUCCUGGAACGUGUAACGCAUCGUAGAAGUGUGCAUUGGGUAGCGUCAUCACACCGGCAACGUACAACCGUAUUACACCAGCAUCAUGAAUCAAGAAGUUCGCUUUCGUCGUAAGCACGUGAUAAUAUUCCUGUCCAUCGUCGGAAUCCUGUUCAUCUACUCGCUAAGUUCCAGCCGGGACUGUACGGGAAGUGAGCAGUUCUCAAGGUCAAAGCUGGAUGGAGCUGAAUCUUGGGAAGCUGGUCAAGGACGCGACGCCUUUCUGCCCAAUCGAAAGGGUCCAACGAUCUACGCGGUAACGCCGACCUACGCGAGGCCCGUGCAGAAGGCCGAACUAACACGCCUUUCGCAGGUCAUCCGUUUGGUGCCAAACGUGUUCUGGGUGAUAGUGGAGGACGCAUCGCAAACGUCCACCCUGGUCACCAAUCUGCUCCGGCGAAGCGGUUUGCAGGAGCGCAGCGUACAACUGUUUGCCAAAACACCGACCAAUUUUAAGCUGCAAGGCAAAGAUCCAAACUGGCUCAAGCCACGUGGCGUGGAGCAGCGCAAUGAAGCGCUCAAGUGGAUACGGAACCGGUUGAAGCAUAAUGCCCUUGGUGAGCCGGAGUCCCCCAGUCACUCGAUCGUUUACUUUAUGGACGAUGAUAAUACGUACAGCACGGAGCUGUUUGAAGAAAUGUCAACAAUUGAACGGAGCAAGGUUGGCGUUUGGCCCGUCGGUCUGGUUGGCGGGCUGAUGGUAGAGAAGCCCGUGCUGAACCGGGACGGUUUGGUGCUUGGGUUUAACAGUGCCUGGAAACCGGAACGUCCGUUCCCGCUCGAUAUGGCCGGGUUUGCAAUCAGCUCCGAUCUGCUGUUGGAAAACCCGCAGGCCCAGUUCAGCUACGAAGUCGAACGUGGCUACCAGGAGAGUGAAAUCCUGCGCCAUCUCACGAUCGUACAUGACAUGCAGCCGCUCGCGAACCGGUGCAAGGAUGUGCUGGUAUGGCACACCCGCACCGAAACGCCGAAGCUCGACGCGGAGAAGGCACUGCAAAAGAGUGGCAAGAAAUCGAACGACGGCAUGGAGGUGUAAGACAGACAGACGGUAGAAGGCGCAUGCAACCUACGGUAAGCGUCUUAUGCGCCCAAUGGCACGCUAACUUGGUGAUGGUAGUAGAUACAGGCUAGGUUAAGAUCCCCUCGACACCACAGUAGUGUAAGGAACAGGUAAACAUUGUGGACCACAGCAACUCGUUUUUUAAAUGUAUGGCGUGCAGCUAAAAUGUUAGAAAUUUCAACCUAUUUAAUUUAUUUCAACUCACACAACUCGACGAGAUAUUGCACUCUUUAUUAGCAACUGGUUAGUUGGCGCCAAAGGCGAACAUUUGUCGGCGAGUAAUGAUGAUCAAAUUAGGUGUGAUUAAAGCCAAGCCGAAAACGACUCAUUUUAAUUAAGAGAUGAAACCAUUUUUGAAACGGUGUGUAAAAUUUACCACAAUGAUGACAUUGAUUUAUAUUAAUUUCAUAUUUAAUGCUAUGGUAAUCAUAAUUGCCUUAAGUUUUUAUUAGAUUCACUCGAGCUUUUUGUUUCGUAUAGUUAGGAGAUUUUUCAAUAUAAAAUAAAAUUUCGGUUUACUUUCAUUUAUUUGUAA